GCAGCGUGCUGUGGCUCGGCUCACUCUGCCAAAAUGUUUAGAAUUACGAUCCGGGCUGACAUGGGAUCCCUCUGGGUGUUAUUCUGUAUAAUAUAUUCUCAGUUCUUGACCGUGUCCUCUGAUGACAUAGUGGUGGCGUGCGGCGGGUUUGUGAAGUCCGACGUUGAAAUCAACUACUCUCUGAUCGAGAUUAAACUGUACACUAAACAAGGUUCCUUGAAAUAUCAAACUGAUUGUGCUCCAAUCAAUGGCUACUUCAUGAUCCCGCUCUAUGACAAGGGAGACUUUGUUUUGAAGAUUGAGCCUCCUCUUGGGUGGAGCUUUGAGCCCACCAGUGUCGACCUCCAUGUGGAUGGAGUUAGUGACAUCUGUACCAAAGAGGAAGACAUCAACUUUGUUUUCACUGGCUUUUCAGUCUCAGGAACGGUUCUGAGUAAGGGCCAUCUCCUGGGUCCGGCAGGAGUAGAAGUCAAACUGAGCCGAGCGGGAACAGAGGAGAAACUCCAGAGUGUCAUCACACAGUCUGGAGGAAAGUAUACCUUCUUCAAAGUACUCCCUGGAAAUUAUGACAUCACAGCUUCCCAUCCCUCUUGGACUCUGGAGCAGAGUACUACCUCGGUGCACGUCUCCAACGCCAAUGCCCCGGCCACCGACCAUCUGGUGGUUGGAGGCUACGAUGUCUCGGGGGAGGUCCGCAGUGAUGGAGAGCCCAUGAAAGAGGUCACCUUUCUACUGUACUCAGCCACAGUCAAGAGAGAGGACGUCAAUGGCUGUAACACAUCUCCGGUGGAGGGGGCAGAUUCUGGGGACAGCUCCCUGGUUUACCUGUGCAGCGCUCUGUCAAGGGAAGAUGGCACCUUCCUCUUCCCCUCUCUGGCCAGUGGAGAGUACACUGUGGUGCCUUUCUACAGAGGAGAGAGGAUCACUUUUGAUGUCGCUCCAUCUCGGAUGAAUUUCAAGGUUGAACACAACAGUUUGAAACUAGAGCCCAUCUUUCGAGUCAUGGGCUUCUCCGUGACAGGCCGAGUUCUCAACAGCCUCGGUGGGGAGGGUGUAUCUGAUGCUACGGUGUCCCUCAACAACCAGAUCAAAGUCGUCAGCAAGGAGGAUGGUUCUUUCCGGUUGGAGAACAUGACAGCUGGUACCUACACCAUCCGUGUCAACAAGGAGCUCAUGUUCUUUGAGCCGGUCACGGUGAAGAUUGCCCCCAAUACGCCACAACUUCCUGACAUCAUCACAGCAGGGUUCAGUGUGUGCGGCCAGAUCUCCAUCAGCCACCUGCCUGAGGGCAUGAAGCAGCAGGGUCGCUACAAGGUCACGCUGACACACAUGGGCCAAGACAAAGCCUCCAGCCGCACUGUCGACUCUGACCCUCAGGGGGCCUUCUGCUUCCAUGCCAAACCCGGAGACUACAGCGUCCAUGUGUCUCUCCCUGAGGCGGAGGUGAAAGCCGGCCUGGCUCUGCAGCCUCAAGCCCUGGAGGUCUCCCUGGUGGACCGGCCCCUCACAGACCUCCUUUUCACACAAUUCAUGGCUUCUGUCUCUGGAAAAGUCUACUGUCUUGCGUCCUGCGAUGACCUCUCAGUAACCCUGCAACCAGUGAGUCGGCAGGGGGAGAGAAGGACAGUGGCUCUGUCUGGCAGCAACGAUAUCCUCAGCUUCUCCUUUGACAACGUUCUACCUGGGAAAUACAAAGUGAGUAUUUCUCAUGAGGAGUGGUGCUGGAAGCAUAAGUCCAUGGAAGUGGAAGUUCUGGACUCUGACGUCUUGGGGGUGGAGUUCAGACAGAUUGGCUACAUCCUGCGCUGCUCCCUCUCCCAUGCCAUCACUUUGGAGUUCUUCCAGGAUGGCAGCAAACCCGAGAACGUCGGCAUGUACAACCUCUCAAAGGGAGUCAACCGCUUCUGCCUCUCCAAGCCCGGUGUUUACAAAGUCACCCCACGCUCCUGCCAUCAGUUUGAGCAGGACUUCUACACCUACGAUACCUCGGCCCCCAGUAUCCUGACCCUCACUGCAGUGCGCCAUCACAUGACCGGGCUCAUCACCACUGACAAGAUUCUAGAUGUCACAGUUACCAUCAAAUCGUCCAUCGAGAGCGAGCCGGCGCUGGUGCUGGGUCCCCUGCGGAGCCUGGAGGAGCAGCGGCAGGAGCAGCAGCUGCAAGAGAUUCAACUUCGGCGCCAAGAGCGGGAGCGCCGUGCUGCCGAAGAGGACGGAGGUGCCAGGGAAGAUAGCCCUCCAAUCCAAGAGAAGGCUGAUGAGCUGACAGGCCCGUUCCACUAUGAGUUCUCCUACUGGGCCAGGGCUGGAGAGAAGAUCACAGUGACUCCCUCCUCCAAGGAGCUGCUGUUCUACCCACCUGAGGUAGAGGCCACUAUCACUGGAGAGUCCUGUCCAGGUCGGCUGGUGGACAUCACUGGGCGUGCGGGUCUGUUCCUGGAGGGCAAGGUGUCACCAGAGCUCCAGGGUGUAGAGAUCUCCAUCAGUGAAAGAGGAGCUGCUUCUCCGCUCAUUACUGUUGCCACUAAUGAGAUGGGAGCAUACAGUGUGGGUCCCCUUCACAGCGACCGGCAGUACGACAUCAGUGCCAGUAAAGAAGGUUUCGUCCUGAGUCCAGUGGAGGGAACCCAGGGAGAUUUCAAGGCGUUCGCUCUGGCUGGUGUCACCUUCAAGAUCAAAUCAGAGGAAGGUCAGCCCCUGUCAGGCGUCCUUCUCUCUCUGAGUGGAGGACAGUUUCGUUCCAACCUUUUGACCCAGGACACUGGCCUGCUCACCUUUAAUAACCUGAGUCCUGGUCAGUACUACUUCAAGCCCAUGAUGAAGGAGUUCCGCUUUGAGCCGGCGUCUCAGAUGAUCACAGUGGAGGAAGGUCAAAACCUCAGUAUCGAUAUAACUGGCAUUAAGACUGCAUACAGCUGCUACGGAGCGGUGCAGUCUCUGAGCGGGGAUGCAGAGCGGGAUGUUGCCGUGGAGGCGGUGGGUCAGGGAGAGUGCAGCAUCUACAGCGAGGACACAGUCACUGAUGAGGAGGGCCGCUUCAGACUCAGGGGUCUGCUGCCGGGUUGCAAGUAUCUGAUUCAGCUGCGCGCUGAAGGCAACGACCACAUAGAGAGGGCUCUACCACAACACAGAGCUAUAGAGGUUGGCAGUAGUGACAUUGAAGGGAUCAACAUCAUCGCCUUCAGACAGAUCAAUCAGUUUGACCUCAGCGGAAACGUCAUCACGUCCCCGGAACAUCUCCCAACACUAUCGGUGAAGCUGUAUAGGAGCGACAAUCUGGACAAUCCAAUCAACAGCGUCUCACUGGGACAGUCCCUCUUCUUCCACUUCCCUCCUCUGGACAGAGAUGGAGAGACCUAUGUUCUGAUGCUGUACUCCACGCUGUCCCGCUCCCAGUACGACUUCACUCUGCCCCAGGUCUCCUUCACCUCCACCGGCUACCACAAGCACGUCACACUCACCUUCAACCCCACUCGUAAAGUGCCUGAUCAGGAUGUUGCCCAAGGCUCCUACAUAGCUCUGCCCCUCACUCUGCUGCUCCUGUUAGCAGCGUACAACCAUGAGAAGGUGAUCCCCCUGCUGUUACAGGUCGUGAACCGUAUCCAGGGAGUGAGGAGCAUGGCCCAAGCCAGCGGGGACAGUGCCGCCCUGGAUGAAGCCAAACGUCAGGCCAAGAGACAGAAAGCCAGGCGCACAUGAGUACACAACCACGGCUCACCUCAGACCACACCUUUGUAUGCUAAACGGCACACUAACACCCACAGUCCACAGCCAGCGCUGGGUUUAACUCUUCCUGCAGCCGCGGCAGCUAACGAUGGGUGCUAGUAAACUGUUUAGUUAGCUGAGAUGUGAUUUGCCCCCAAGUGAAGCCCAACAUGAACCACUCGACGCGCAUUACCCACCACCUCAUCAGCCAUUCAGAUUCACUGGACUGAUAGCUGACAUUUUACAGGUUGUUUUUGUUGAUUUUUUUUUUUUUUUCCCAGAACACUCAUUGUCUAAAAAAAAUAUUGUCAAUAUUUGUGAUAGAGUAUGAGCCAUUUUUAUACCUUUGUAAUUUAUCUAGGAGAGCUAAAAUCUUUUGUGUUUUGAAAGCACUUGAAUGCUUUUGCUAUCUAUCCUCACAUUAUUUUAGGACUAUCAGGCACUGUGGAUAACCAUGUGUCUCGCCUACCAGCGUCGGGGUCAAUUCAGACAAUACGCAAAAGUGAUUUUCAUCAGAAGCUGUAACUGGAGUUUGAUGAAAUCUAAUCAGAACUACCAGUAUUAACUUUUAAAGAUUUAUGGUUUAAAUUGAUGUGUAAGGGCUCACAUAAGGGUCAAAAAGACUUUCAGCUUGAGAAACAAUCGUCAGAAAUGUUUUUAAGCUUGUGUUUGCAUAGCAGCCUUGUAAUCCUGGUGGAAAAAAACAUGAGAAAUUGAAGUUAAGAAUUUCCAAAUGAUAUUUGUGCUAAAAGAUUUAUUGUUUAGAAGAACAAAAAAAAAGUAAAGUUUUCACACAUUACUUCAUUUUGUGAACAUCAAAACACAGAUUCGGAGUAGAAAACAUAAUUUGUACACAGGUUUUAUUUAGACACUCUGAACUACAAAACGCUUCAAAAUAUCCACAAACCUUUUAACAGGUCUCCAAAGGCUGAUAAACAACUAUAAGCUCUGAAUGUUUUUAAACAUUAUUUCACAAGCUCAAAAUCUUUUUGUCACUUAUUUGAACCCAUAAGUUUGAUCUUAAACUGCAUUGACCACCAUAAUGCCAUCGCAAACAGGGGAUUCUGUAACUGCUUACUAUGAUUGAAAGGCAGCCAAAGAUGUUGACAGCUAAUAACUGCUUCAUACCGUUGUCACUUAAGUGUAAAACACUCAUGAGUUACUGUAAUGGACUCCAUCCACUCCUGAUGGUACUUUAUAAGCUGUUAAGCGUGAUGCAAGAUUGACUCGAUGUCUCUGUUAGCUCAGGAAAGUGAUGGUGGAUAAGAUGCUGCAAAUUUGGGUUUGAAUACUGUGUGAAGAGACUUUUUUUCUUUUUCUUUUUUUUUCUUUUGGAGGGGCAGGGCAGGAAGGGGGGUAGGGAGUUCUAGGGGAUAACGAAUAGUUAAUUAAUUUAUUAACAUAUGUCUAAUCAGAUGUGAAUGUUUUUUGAAAGUGUGUUUUUUUGGGGAUUUUUUUGGAACAAAAAUCUGUCCCAUGAAGUGUGUAACAAGUUAUUUUGAAGAGCAACGUAAAAUUUAAUAAGACUCCUAUCCACAGAGGUGAGUUUGAGUGAGAAUAUGUACAAGGGGUCUGUCACAACCUUGAGUUAAACUUAAAAAGAUGAGAGUUGUAAUUUUGAAAGCACAUUGUCUUACUGCCCAGCUGUUUAAUGCACUGUGAAAACUAUGGACCCCUAUUUUUUUUUUUUUUUCUGUAUUCAAUUCAUCUGCUCUGAGUUGUGGCUGACUUUCACUGAAAGAUGAAAAGGCCACUGGCUAUUUACUGAGUUGAAAGAUAUUCCAAUUAGUCCACAUUUAGGAGGCGUUGAUUAGUUUGGUUGGGGUGGGAGAGGGAGGUGGGGUGAAAUUGUCAUUUGUCAUUUGGCAAGAAUCUGUUUAAUUUUUUUUU